UUAACAACAAUAGAGGCAGCCGGGACUUUUUUCUACACAAUGGUGCAUAGGCCUCUUUGAUGGUUUGGACAGAUGGUCUAUCGCGGUUGAGUCCAUCGUACAACGCCUUUCGUCCUUCUCAAAGCAUCCUUGAUGGAGCGGCCGAUGAGAAGGAGCUAAUGGCUUGAGUGCGUUAUUACCAUAUCACGGCAUCUUCACGAAGGGAUCCUCUAUUGUCUGGAACGAAGAGCAUUCCUCUUCUAUGCCUUUGGCCAUUGGAUCCGCCAUCAUCGAGUAGAACCUGUCUACGCACUCAUGAUCACGGUAUCGCAAUCCCUGAAGCUCUAGAGAAGAUAGACAGCGAUCUACCAAUCAGAUUCGGGAAGAUCCCUUGUCGCGAUGAGCAAGCGACAACAAGGCCAAUCGUCAGAAUGUUCAGCUACAGAGUCAUUGCUCACCCACCUUCCUUUGACUUCUACACUUGUACCUGACCGGGGAAUUCCAUGGUCCGAUGAAGGCCUGUCUGGUGGUCCACUUGCGAGUCCAGUGGACGGCAAAGAUGGCGGACAUACACCGAAAGACGCUGCGAUCAAAGGCCAUUACGCCCCGAAGCCCAUUCGAAGACAAUACCACCCUCGUGAUACACCAUGUCAAUUUAUCAUCACCACUCCAAAGGAUGGAUCAACAGGCUUGGUCUCAUCUAUCACAGAUAUCCACCAAUGUGAGCCUAAAAGCAAGCUAUAUCCAGCUAUAGCCCCCCGGCCAGCUCCAAUGAGCACCCUUGAGAUGAGUAGCUCGUCACUGCAUCGGCAUUGGCCUGAGUCCCUUACUCGCUCAAACUUGGCUCACAUCAAGGUCCACGAGGACCGUGCACUGUGUGCCGGAUCAUCGAUCGAUUCGAACUUGAAGUCGCCGGACUCUGUCCUUCAUCCUGUACAUCAGUCUAGUCUUUGCUCUCCUUCGUCGAAAAUCUCCCUCGUGUCACCUUCGCCAUCUCUUGAGCAGAGUUCACUGGCCGCUCUAUCACCUCCUGGGCGACCUCUGCCCGACACGCCCGCAUCCCCAUUCAUCUCUCGCAGAAAAAUUUCGACAGCAUCGCAAUCAUCUAUAAUUUCAACUUCGACUUCUGCAUCAUCGUGUCUAACCAUGACCUCUUCAUCCUCGGCGCCCACGCUCGCGACCUUCAGCUCAGUGUCCACCGCCUCAUCAAGUUGUACAACUUCAUCAUUACAUUCUUCACCAUCUUUGUCAAGAUUUGACCCGGGGGACGAUUUUCUCCCCAAACCGCUUCGAUACCCUCGUCUAAGCAAAAGCAUGGCCAAGCUCACUGAUAGUGGUUCAUCUAGAUCGAAGUCUAGAGGCAAAUCACCAGGUCGAUCCGUCAAGUCAUCCUCUAGUCAGAGAAGCCUCACAUCGUCCAUCCUCUCGACGCCAUCUAGCGCGGGGUUUUCGCCGACGCGAACAAGCCCGACGAGCUGCUCUAUUCCGCCAACGCCUACCUCCACGAGAUCAUUGCCAAACAAGGAUCUGUCGGCCGUCCAAGAUCUUCCAGAGAUGCUACUAAUACGGCCUCAGCAGAAAUCAUCCACACCAGAAACGAAGACCGCCCGUAGUGUCAUGCCAUUAUCGCCCACUGCAUCUUCUGUAUCACAAAGUUCAAGCCGAGCUCUGCGACACUCAUUCGCGUCCGUGACAUCGACUCUGUUUUCGACUGAAGACCAUACCUUGACUGACUGUGGAUCCCUCGUGUCAGCUUCGACCUCUGCCUCGUCGACAUUGACUUCCAUUGAGACAGAUGAAGGCGAGGACAAUGACAAUGGACUACAUGGGACCUGCAGGGAUUCAAGCAGAGAUUCCAGGUGUAGGGUCCGAGUUUGGGAGCCAGAAUCGGAAGGGGGUCCACAAGCUGGCCUGGACGAGUUCCCACUACCUUCCACAUCGACGCCUAUCCGGUUCGAGGCUUUCACCACCUGCGUCGAGACAGACGCCACGCCGCGUGCUUCUAACGGCGAACAUGUUUCUCCAUUUGUGGACGGGCAGCAGUCGAGACAUUUCCAGCCUGACUGUCUCCUUGACCGGACGCCAAAGAGCUACUUGGUCAGAUCAGAAUCCGACAUCAGCGUCAUCCGCAAGUUUCCCCUUCCUCCUGCUCGUUCACCCAUCAUCACCAACACGACCCAGUCCAGUGCACGGGCAAGCGUCGAACAGAGCCCCCGUAGUCUCUUACGCGCAUACAUCCCACUUCCUCGAUUGCAAGAGGAGGAGGCCCUCAGCGUGGUCCCAUCGGAAGAAGAGCGAGAGAAUGUAGAGGAAUCGACGGUGUUGCCUUAUUUGAAGAGUGAAGAUUCGCUCAUUGACGCAAUGGCUUUCGAAGCUGAUGAAUCCGAUUUGGACAUCCAUGCACCGCUGGUUGACAUUGCCCUCAAGUCUCGAAUCAUCUCACCGAAUUCCCGACUCGCUCGUCCUACCUCGGGCUUUUCUUCAAGUUCGUCCACCUUCUCGUCGUCCACAUCUAGACGCCGAGCAACUGGUGUCAUGUCAUACGGCCAGGGAUCUGCUGCCUUGUAUCUCCAACCGUUCUCCUCACCAGCUUCGAAGCGAUCUUCCACUCGAAGUAGCCUCGGAACUCUGCGGCCACUGUCGACCCCCACCAGGCAUAGUGGAGAGGGGUGGAGUGGGUCCGAAAGCGAAGAAGAAGAGUUCGUCAACGCCUUACAGGCUAUCUCUCUGAAACGACUAUCCACUCCGAAAUUGAAGAGAAUUCCCUCGUUGCUCAAAACGGUCCGCGCGAACAGGGGCUCCGCGAUGAAGUCUCCGACAAGCAGCACUCAGAACCCCCGCAAUCUCUCGCCUCUGUGUCCCACAUACGGUGACGAUCAGCGUCGACAGAGCUCGAUACCUGCAACUUUAGGAUAUAGCUCGCUUCGAGGUUUCAAUUCUCCUCGAACGCCUACUAGCUCCAGAUCCAAUCGGUUCUCGGGCCAAUCUCAGACCUCUCAAUUGUCCAGCGGCACUCUCUCCGGACCGGAGAGCACGCCAUUGACUCCAUGCUCAUCCAAUACGACCCAUCGCAUUCGAUCUGACAGCCCGUUGUUGUCUCCUCGGUAUGCCGAGAGAUGUGACUCGGACCAGAGCGGCGGCUCAAAAGUAGCGGACGUGCCACAUUUGCCUCGACCUACUCGACGGGUCGAAGGAUGGGGUAUGCCUGAGAUCCUCAUCGAUGAAGAGUGGAGCAGUGCUGAUGAGGCUAUCCAUGGUUGGUCCGAUGAUGAGGACGGGAUACUUGGAGUUGGGCGUUUCAUCCGGGAUGAGGGAGAUGAUUGGCUACUUGGCGAGCGGUUGGAGGAGUAGAUUAUGGCACACUCGUAAAGACGACCAGCCUGUCACUACACGCCAUAAAGUGUCAUAAUGUCAACCUUAGACGAUAUUCUCUAUCAGUUGUAGGUUGUUCUCGUCAGAUGCACAAUCCGUCAGUCGGACUCUUUGGGAAGUCUGCGAAAGGCCAAAGGAAAAAGAAGGGUGAGCAACGAUCCUGAGCCUAGUUCGUCGACUAUGAAUCAUUAGUCCUGCCUGGCAGCCGAGAGAGCAGUAUGACAGCGUGACAGACCCAGUCACUGUGG